UCACCUUCCGAGAUACGUCAUACAGGAAGAGCGUUCAUUGUUUUGGCCUUUCCUGGUCCACAUCCUCGGAGUCUCGCCGAUCAAAACAACAAACAUCUGACAGUCGACACACUUCUGGUGCGAAGACGAGGUGACCAUGACUCACUGGUUCCAUCGAAACCCUCUGAAAGCCACGGCUCCGGUAUCGUUCAAUCUGUACGGCGUGGCGUCCAGUCCCGCUGCCAACAAGAUCUGCAAUGACCUGAGGACGGCGCGAGCCCGACUGCUGGACAUGUUCACAGAUGCCACAUGCACCCCAGAGAUCAUGAAGAGAUCCAGUGAUGAAUACUUUGCUCUUAUACAGGGAUUCAUUUUGCCGCUGGAUGGAACCACACAAGAGAGCAAGCUCCGAUUCAUCCAGAACUUCAAAUGGACUGACACUUUACAGGGAAAUAUGGCAAGUGCCCAGCAGGAUGCUGUUUUUGAGCUGGUGUCUAUGGCGUUUAAUGUGGCCAUCUGGUACUCCAAGUUUGCCUCACGUCUGUCCGGAAAGGAGAACAUCACAGAGGACGAGGCCAAAGAUGUUCACAAGAGCUUGAAAAUCGCCGCUGGAAUAUUUAAAACCCUGAAGGACACUCAUAUUCCUCGACUCAUCACUCCAGCAGAGAAGGGUCGCGACCUGGAGCCGCGGGUCAUCGACACCUACAUCGUGCAGAGUCAGGCGGAGGCUCAGGAGGUCACCAUUGCCAGAGCCAUCGAGCUGAAGCACAACGCCUCCCUCAUCGCAGCGCUGUCCUUCGAGACCGCUAACUUCUACCAGAAGGCCGAUCACACUCUGAACACUUUGGAUCCAGAAUGCAGCAGUAAAUGGAAGAAAUACCUGCAGCUGAAGCAGCACUUCUACAUGGCUUAUGCGCACUGUUAUCAUGGACAGACUCUUCUGGCGGCUGAUAAAUGUGGAGAGGCCAUCAGAUCCCUGCAGGAAGCCGAGAAAUUUUAUUCCCGCGCUGAAGCCUUGUGUAAAGAGUACCGUCAGAUGAAGGGUCCGGGCAGCACGGCCAAACCCUCGGAGCAGCUCUUCUUUAAGAAGCUGGGCACGUUCAUCAAGAACACCCUGGAGAAGUGCCAGAGAGAGAACAGCUUCAUUUACUUCCACAAGGUUCCCGCAGAAGCUCCGGCGCUGGAACUGAAGGCCAGUUAUGGUUUGGCUGAACCGACUCCGUUCGAGCUCCCGCCUCUCAGCGCUCAGUGCACGCCUGAAGUCUACGCGACCUUUGACCUUACCAAGGGACCCAAAGACGACAAGGCAAAAGCCAAGCACGAUGAGGAGAUCAAGCCGGUGAAGGAGCCGGAUCUGAAGCCGCAGAAGGACACGGGCUGCGUCGUCUCUUAAACUCCUGCUGAAGCAUCAGCAUGAAGUCGAUGUCUGUAAUAAUCUUCUCGUGUAACUCAAAUAUUUCCCAAUAUAACAUAGUGAUUUAA